UCCAAAUUUACUCAUGUUGUCUUUCAACAGCGCUCUUACACGCUCCAGUGGAAGUGCAAAGGGGGGAACCAUGCAACUGUUUGACACCAGUCCUGAACUCAGCCAGUUUGAUUGCUUGGCUCACCUGAAUGUGAAUCCUAAUGCUGAUGUAGGACAAAUGCAGGAUGAAUUCACUGAGAUACUCGCCAAGCGUUACAAAAUUGACCACUAUGAAAUAAAAACAGAUGCUAACUUUAUCUUCAUAUAUCCUCUUGGUUUUUAAUCUUUAGAUGAUCUCUUGCCGGACCCAGACACAAACCCACCCUUAACCGCGACUGAGUCUCUGCCUCGUACAACUGAAACACGAACAACCACAAUUCCUCAGCUGACGUCUACAACUACUGAAAUUAUUACUACUGCAAAAACAACAGGCACAACACCCAAUCAAGUGGCAAUAACAACAGAAGUUGUUUCAUCCUCAACGGAAACAAAAAAAAUCACUACAUCCACACCAUUCAUGGAAACAACCCUGGCAGGAAGUUCCACGACUUUUUUAUCCUCCACAAGAAGUCUUACAUUAAAUACAGCCGCAUGCUCUUCUACUAUUUCAACUGAAGGAAACAUAUCAGAAAGUUAUUUCAGUGUCAAUGUCAAUGUGACUAUCAAUGGCUCUGGUGACCCUGAGAACAUAAUUACAACCUGGCUUCAUGAAACUCUUUCAAGUAAAGGGAUACAUGUUUUGCACUUCAAACUCUUGACUUCCUCAACACAUGCACGAAAACGAAGUGUGGUAACAAAAACAUUCAAAGUGGAUAGAAAGCGGUCUCUGCUUUCAGUAACCAGCCAUAGCUGUGGCUUUCAUGCCCAGGUAACAACUUCUUCAGACAUCAGAGAGACAGAAAAAUGGAUUCAUGGGCUUCUGGAGAAACAAUACACCAAUGGAGCAGUACUCUUAUAUGCCCAACCUGAGGACAUUUUAAUAUCUUAUAUCGGGCCCUGUCCUGAGCACAACCAUCACACCAGGCAAGGGCUUUUCAAUUGGCCCCAAAUUAGGGUUCAGCACAACAUCUCACUUUCCUGUGUGGGAAACCCUGAAAAGAUAGCCUAUAGGCAAUGUCUUCUGGAUGCAAACGUUGGAGCUCUUUGGAAAUCUCCAGACCUGGGGCAAUGCCAGGUUGUGGCCAACAGUGUGUCAGACCUGGAGGACAUUACAGUCACUAAUGACAAUGCAGAAGAUAUUCUGAUCAUGAUUGAGGACUUGAUACAUGAGAACAAAAAUCUGGAUGAGUAUGAGCUCUCAACGGUACUGGAUAAACUAGCCGAUGUGAUUAACGUUAGCGUGAUCACGCCUCUGCUGGGAGAGGUCAUCAUCAACAUCACAUCUGACAUCCUGGAGUCUGACAGCAACCUUCUGCCUUUCACCAACAGUAUUUUGAACAUCACAGAGUCUGUCGGAGACCAGAUGUUAGGGUUCAAUGGGGAGUCAGUCAGCUUAACAGCUCCUGCCUUAGCAAUAUCAGUGGUCAAUAUUGACCAAGGAAAUUUUCACAACCUUACCUUUGGAGUCUCUUCCACUAACAAAGGCUUAAACCCUGAGAUUUAUAUCAACCAGGAGCCUUUUGAUGGUACAGUGGCCUUCGUUUCUCUGCCCUCUGAAAUACAAGAGCGAUUCCCCAUUGUGAACAACACCAGCCCCCGUGUUCAGUUUCAGUUUUAUGGAGUUCCGACUCUCUUUCAAACAAGGGUGACUUCAUCUUUACUGAACACUUACGUGGUGUCUGCUAGUGUAACUAAUGCCACAGGACGCAUUGAAAACCUAAAAGAAUAUAUUGCUGUCACUCUGCACCAUCUAACAACUAAGAAAGAUGUCCAGUGUGUCUACUGGGAUUUCAAUAAGAAUGAUGGAUAUGGCGGAUGGAAUCCAAAGGGGUGCUGGACGUAUAAUAGCAGCAGUGAUUACACAACCUGUCUGUGUGACCACAUGACCCACUUUGGAGUGCUGCUGGAUGUGUCCAGAACUCCCAUUGAUGAGAAGAAUGAGCAAAUCCUCACUCUUAUUACAUACAUGGGCUGUGGUGUGUCUUCAUGCUUUCUUGGGAUCACAGUGCUAACAUACACCCUUUUAGAGAAGUUAAGAAGAGACUACCCAUCCAAAAUUCUGUUGAAUCUGUCUCUUGCGUUACUGGGACUGAACCUUGUGUUCCUGCUGAACUCCUGGAUUUCUUCUUUUGGCAUCUAUGGCCUGUGCAUUGCUGUGGCGGUGACCUUACACUAUUUCCUACUGGCUUCCUUUACCUGGAUGGGCUUAGGGGCUGUGAAUAUGUACUUUGCUUUGGUUAAAGUUUUCAAUGUGUAUGUGCCCUCAUACAUCUUGAAAUUCUGCCUGCUUGGCUGGGGUGAGACAUUUAAGAUCAUUUAG